UUUACUUUAGCUUGAUUGCACUGAGGUAACAAUGGUUUGUUGGUAUACAAGGGAUAAAAUAGUUUUCAAUUGUGCCUUAUUAGCAACUGGCUCAGUGACAAUAUUUGGUGAUAAACUAGGUUUCAACCUUCAUUUUUGUGAGUGUUCUCAAUAAGCAAAAAAUUAUGUUCAGUGUAUUUUGUUUUCCUUGUUACAAUAGAUGAUCUUCAGAAUCAAAUAAAAUAACAUUGAAUCAACAGCCUAUCAAUACAGUCAACACCAAUUUGUUUUCAUCUUAAUUUUCCUCUCUCAGCUGAUACCUUUGUUUGUUUUUAUGAUCUUUCCUAUCUUCCCUUUCUUUUUUUGACGUAACCCAAAUAACUGGAAUAACUAAGCCUGUAUACAUCAGCCUUGUGUUUACAUUGUGAUAAAUGGGUAACGCACAAGGAGCCAGGAGCACUGGUCCUGGUCAUACCUUGGAUUAUGUUUUCAGUUCAGACAGUGGACCAUGUCCAUUUAAGGUCCCAAAGAUCCACAGGACCGUCAGAUGUCACGAAUACUCUAAAUUAUCCAAGAUGAUUGCCUCUGGAGUUGAUGUCAAUUGUCAAGAUCAGGAUGGGAUGACCCCCUUACAUUAUGCAGCGGCUCAAGGUGAUCUGGUGGCUGUACAAUUAUUAACCGCUGCUGGUUGUUCCCAAAUACCAUGUAAAUUAAACAUCUACCCAAUCCAUUUAGCUGUUCAAAAUGGUAACCAAGAAGUUAUUCAAAGGAUACUUGAUUAUGGUGGUAAUGUUGACAGUUAUGAUUCCAUGGGAACAACGCCAUUAGGAUUAGCCAUAGAGUUUGAUUCACCCCAAGUUGUUUCUUUGUUAUUACAACGAAAGGCUUACCUUGACUCGAAUUAUCUUCUGGAAGCACUUCGUCAAGGUUUACUUGAGAUUACUCGAAUACUUAUCAACUUCAACCCUUCUCUAGUCAAUGGUCUUAAACUGGAUCGAUUCCGUUUCAGUUCAAAAUCGAGUGAUUGCCUUAAACUUCUCUAUUUGAUUGGUUAUAAAUUUGACGACAAUUUUGCAACUGUUAACCGAUCAGAAUUGAGAUUCACCUCGUGCCAUAUUGAUUACAUUGAUCGACAGUAUAAAAGUGAAAUGAUUGCUUUUCACGAAUUCCUGGACUGGAUGAAAAACCAGGAUAAACCAAUGAAACUCAAAUUGUUAGCGAGAAUUGUUUUGAUUCGUGCUUGUGGUUCACAAAAAAUCAGCGACUUCCUAGACUCUCACCCACCAAUACCUCCAACUAUACGUGAAUUUGUUACGUUGAAAUGGUUAUUUUGACACACCACCAGUUUAGUGCUUGAUCAGUGCAAUUCAUUGAUAGUUUGCUGUUCUCCUGAAUCAAAAAAAACAAAUUAUUUCUAUCAUAAUUUAUUAAAGGUAAAAAGUAUUACCGUGUAAUGCUUUACACAUCUGUAAAAUAAUAUAAACAUCUAAAUGAAUACAGAUUCCCCAUGUAACCUAAAAGGAUUAUUUUCUGCAAAUCUUUGACUUUCUACUGUCAUAUAAAUAAAAUUUUGUUGAUUGUUUAGGUUGAUAUAGUUUCUCCAAACACCUUAACAAUCCUUUACAAGUGUAUAAAUUGAACAAAAAUCAAUUACUUGUUUCUAAUAAAACCUGUUAGCAUUGAA